CGCGGCGCCUGCUGGGAGAAGGCGCCUCCGGCCCUGCUGGGGCCGUUUGAACUUGGCGGUCCCCAUGCAGGCGGCCGGGCCAUGGCGGGCCGUCUCUCCCGUUCCGUGCACCCGCUUCGUGGCCCGCUGCAGGCCGGGCCCCCGACCUUCCUCGAGCUUUGUCACCGACCUCAUAGCGGACUCCCAGGGCCCGGGGCUGGAGGAGGUGGUGGUGACUGAGUGCUUGUCGCCGCUGCCUCUGAGCUGCAGCAACUCCACCCUGUCCCUGUUGUCUCCCCUGGGCCACCAGAGCUUUCCGUUUGGCGAGGAUGACAGUGAAGGGGAGGGUGAAGAGGCAGUGGACGAAGAUGCCCGUGAGUCAGAGGCCAAGGUGGAGAGCCUGGAAGGAACGGAGUUACUGGGCCACUCCAGCUGUGAAGUUGAGUCACAGGAUAAACAAGAACAGAAGCAGGUGCCAUUACGGGAAGACAGCCUGACACCAUGGGAGAUGUGGUUUGUUGGCAAAGAAAAAGAAGAGCGUGGCCGGCUACAACAGAAAGUUCUAGAGGAAUUAAAUCAACAAAUAGAAAAAACAAAAGAAAUGAAAGAGCGUGAAAAAAGAAAGAUAAUUGCUGAAGAAAAGCACAAGGAAUGGGUUCAGAAGAAAAAUGAACAGGAAAGGAAAGAAAGGGAACAAAAAAUUAAUAAAAAAAUGGAAGAGAAAGCAGCAAAGAAACUGGAAAAAGAACAUUUGCAAGAAAAAGCGAAAGCAAAAUAUCAAGAAUGGUUGAAGAAAAAAAAUGCUGAAGAAUGUGAGAAAAAGAAAAAAGAGAAGGAAAAAGAAAAGCAACGGCAAGCAGAAUUACAAGAGAAAAAGGAAAUAGCAGAAAAGAAGUUUAAGGAAUGGUUGGAAAAUGCAAAAAAUAAACCUCGUCCAGCUGCAAAGAGCUAUGGUUACGCCAGUGGGAAGCUCACAGGUUUUUACAGUGGAAAUUCCUACCCAGAACCAACUUUUUAUAACCCAAUUCCAUGGAAGCCAAUUCAUAUGCCCCCUCCAAAAGAAGCUAAGAGUGAAUCAGGAAAGAAGAAUAAACGACCUGUGACGAGCCAGCCACUCACAUCAUCUCUGGCAGUUCAUAAAGCCAAGAACAACCUUUGCCUUGGCACUCUGUGCCGAAUACAGAGAUAGAGCAUGUGGACAUAUCAUAGCUUUCUAACUAGAGCUUCUUAAGCUUACUCAGAAUAGUUUUUUCUUAACACUUCUCAAUCAGUAAGUCAACAUUUGAUGUUAUAACUGACAGGUACCAAAUUUUUAAUUUGUAUAUGGAAUCCUUAGAGCUAAAGAUAGCUUUUACAUUUUUGUUUUUAUAAACUUACAGUUGAUCUAAUGAUUGUAUUUUAGUUUUUAUUAAAACUAAUUAUUAUAUCAAUAAACCAACAAUUUUUCUUGUG